CCAGGGUCGCGGGGGCCGAGGCUUCAGCACCUUGGAGAGCACCACUGCGGGGGCGGGGCCAGGGGCGGGGCCACGAGACCCCGGCCGGGCCCGGGGGCGCGCGCGGGGCGCUCUCGGCGGGCUCGCGAGCGGUGCGCGGACCGGAGCCGCGCCCGCCCCCAGCCCAAGCCCCGCGGCGGCGGCGGCGGCCUCCUCGCCGCGCCUCCGCCUCCCUCGCCGCCGCCGCGCCGCGCUCCGCCCGGAUGGCCAGGGCUGUGCCCGGGAAUGGCGGAGCGAGAGAGCGGCGGCCUGGGCGGGGGGGCCGCGUCCCCGCCCGCCGCCUCCCCGUUCCUGGGGCUGCACAUCGCGUCGCCUCCCAAUUUCAGGCUCACCCAUGACAUCAGCCUGGAAGAGUUUGAGGAUGAAGACCUUUCUGAGAUCACCGAUGAAUGUGGCAUCAGCCUGCAAUGCAAAGACAGCCUGUCCCUCCGGCCCCCGCGAGCCGGGCUGCUGUCUGCGGGCGGUGGUGGCGGCGCCGGGAGCCGGCUGCAGGCGGAAAUGCUGCAGAUGGACCUGAUCGACGCAGCGGGGGACACUCCUGGAGCCGAGGACGACGAGGAGGAGGACGAUGAGGAGCGUGCGGCGCGGCGGCUGGGAGCGGGGCCGCCCCAGGCCGAGUCUGGUCAGGAGCCGGCGCCUCGCGGCCAGGGCCAGGGCACCGGCAGCGGGGACACGUACCGGCCCAAGCGGCCCACCACGCUCAACCUUUUCCCGCAGGUGCCCCGGUCUCAGGACACACUGAAUAAUAAUUCUCUAGGCAAAAAGCACAGUUGGCAGGAUCGGGUGUCUCGAUCAUCCUCACCCCUGAAGACAGGGGAGCAGACGCCUCCACGCGAGCAUAUCUGCCUGAGUGAUGAGUUGCCACCCCAGAGCAGCCCUGCCCCCACCAAGGAUCGAGGCACCUCGACUGACAGCCCUUGUCGCCGCAGCACUGCCACCCAGAUGGCACCUCCAGGUGGCCCCCCUGCUGCCGCACCUGGUGGCCGGGGCCAUGCACACCGAGACCGAAUCCACUACCAGGCAGACGUGAGGCUGGAGGCCACUGAAGAGAUUUACCUGACCCCAGUGCAGAGGCCCCCAGAUCCUGCAGAGCCCACCCCCGCCUUCUUGCCACCAGCUGAGAGCCGGAUGUCAGUCAGUUCUGACCCUGACCCUGCCGCCUACCCCUCAACUACAGGGCGGCCGCACCCCUCCAUCAGUGAGGAAGACGAGGGCUUCGACUGCUUGUCGUCCCCAGAACGUGCUGACCCACCAGGUGGGGGAUGGCGGGGCAGUCUGGGAGAGCCACCGCCACCUCCUCGAGCCUCCCUGAGCUCAGACACCAGUGCCCUGUCCUACGACUCAGUCAAGUACACGCUGGUGGUGGACGAGCAUGCGCAGCUGGAGCUGGUGAGCCUGCGGCCAUGCUUCGGAGACUACAGUGAUGAGAGCGACUCAGCCACUGUCUACGACAACUGUGCCUCUGCCUCCUCACCCUACGAGUCGGCCAUUGGAGAGGAGUACGAGGAGGCCCCCAGGCCCCGGCCCUCCACCUGCCUGUCGGAGGACUCCACACCCGAUGAGCCUGACGUCCACUUCUCCAAGAAGUUCCUGAACGUUUUCAUGAGUGGCCGUUCUCGCUCCUCCAGUGCAGAGUCCUUCGGGCUGUUCUCCUGUGUCAUCAACGGCGAGGAGCAGGAGCAAACCCAUCGAGCCGUAUUCAGGUUCGUGCCUCGGCAUGAAGAUGAACUUGAGCUAGAAGUGGACGACCCUCUGCUGGUGGAGCUGCAGGCUGAAGACUAUUGGUACGAGGCCUACAACAUGCGCACUGGCGCCCGAGGUGUCUUUCCCGCCUACUAUGCCAUCGAGGUCACCAAGGAGCCCGAGCACAUGGCAGCCCUGGCCAAGAACAGUGACUGGGUGGACCAGUUCCGGGUGAAGUUCCUGGGUUCUGUCCAGGUUCCCUAUCACAAGGGCAAUGAUGUCCUCUGUGCCGCUAUGCAAAAGAUUGCCACGACCCGCCGGCUUACCGUGCACUUUAACCCGCCCUCCAGUUGCGUCCUUGAGAUCAGCGUGCGGGGCGUGAAGAUAGGUGUCAAGGCUGAUGAUGCCCAGGAGGCCAAGGGGAAUAAGUGUAGCCACUUUUUCCAGCUAAAAAACAUCUCUUUCUGUGGAUACCAUCCAAAGAACAACAAGUACUUUGGGUUUAUCACCAAGCACCCUGCUGACCACCGGUUUGCCUGCCAUGUCUUUGUGUCUGAAGACUCCACCAAAGCCCUGGCAGAGUCUGUGGGGCGGGCGUUUCAGCAGUUCUACAAGCAGUUUGUGGAGUACACCUGCCCCACUGAAGACAUCUACCUGGAGUAGCAGUGCUGCCGCCCUCUGCAUCCCCCAGGCUAGUGCCCGAACAGCUGCUACUGAUGGGAUGUGACACUGUCACCACCAGAGGACAGGAAAGGGGGGCUAUUGGCCCAGGGUGGGGGGAUGGGUUAUGGGGAGAGGCAGAUACAGUUUAUUGUAAUGUACAGGAUUAGACUCAUCUAUGGAGGACAGAGUGGGCUGCCCAGGGAUUGGGAGGGGGCAGGGUGCCAGGCCUCUGGCCGUGAAGGAAGCCGUUCUGGGAACAGAGGCUUUAUCCAGUUCUGGGCCUUAUUUCCCCUGCCAAGGGCCCUGGCUCUUGGCUCCUGCCUUGACAAUGCCCAUGCCACCUGCAAGUGCCCACCUUACCCCCAUCCCUGGCUCCCACCAAGAGCUCUGAGCCCAGCCACCUCCCAAGGACUUUCCAGCAAGGAAAUGGCAACAGGUGGCGGUGAAAGUCCCUGUCCUCAGCUGCCAUCCAUGGGGCCUCUAGAUGACUCCCACCUCCAGCUGCACCGGCACACUGGCCCCAGCACUCCUCUGUAGGAGAAGGCUGCAGCAGGCCCUGCCCAGCAGGGAGAGGAGGCCUCCAGACUGGCUCCAGCCAGCCCUACCAUGGUCUUGUCACCUGGCCUCAACUAUUAAAGUGCCGUUUCCUGUCUGGACCACAAU